AGAAAACAACGACUCACAAACGCUCCACACCCAAAGAUUCCCAUCAUCAUGUCUAUUGAAGACCUAGAAGGCAGGCACGUCCUUGUUUCAAUGACAGAAACCAUUCAGGCGCCAGCAAAUGAGAUCUGGCCUUUCCUAUCCGCCAUCGGGGCGGAGAGGAUUCUGAUUCCCGGCUGCACUCGCUCUUCCUUGUUGGAAGGAUUCGGGGAGGGUGCUCUGCGACGAAUCUAUUUUGGUGACACUGCAUUCGACGAACGGAUCCUGGAAUUGAACCCAAAGACGUACAAGAUGAAAUACGAAGUUUGCGAGCCGAACUCGAGUCCAGCGGAAGGUACCCUGGCAGCUGUUCAGCUUCACCCCUCGGGUCCCAAUGAGACUACCAUCACAUGGGUCGUGGGAGCCAAGGUUGUACCCGCUGAGCAUGCGGAGAGCCUCCAGGCCCAGUCUGCCGUGUUCGAGAAGGGACAAAUUGCGGCUUUACGAAAGUUGACUCAAAUAACGCCAUCAACUUGAGACUGGGACUUGGGUGGCGAGGGAGGUUCAAACUGCCUUGGGCAAGUUUGACUUUGCUCGAUUAAAUCUGUCGACCAUCUCAUUUUACAAGUGGACGAUGCUUUUCGUAGCUGUGGGAUCGAUGACAUUCGCUGGUCAGAAGAGAAGCCCUUGAUGUAUCGCUUGUGUUUGAUGAAAGUCGUCAGUUAGCCGUCGCUACAGCAAUGGUUAGACCUUCCAUCAUGAUGACCAGGUGUUUCUCCAUAUGAUGAACAUGAUAGUGAUAAUGC